UUUGACACUCACCAGCACACACUUACAAGCAUAACUCAAGCACUUUAAGGAGUGAAAGAAAUUGGCACUUGCUCUAAAAGGAACAUUUACAUUCUCUAAUUAGUAGUAGGGCACACUUAAACUCAUCCACGCCUUUUAUUUUCAGGUCAGUGCAAAAACUCUCUUCUACUUGGGAUAAACACCUUCAGUAUUGGAUCACAACUGCUGACAGGAAUGAUGCCCAUGUCCCUGUGGUGUGAGGAGGAGGGCCAGGACAGGACUCAGUGUCGGGAGUCUUCGGUCAGAGCCCCCUGGGACCCAAGCGCCUCUGGAUUGAGGGUUAUUCAGAGACUUCUGCAGUCAGAGGAGAGGUACCUGCCCUCUUCACUCUACAUAUCCCUCAUCCAGAGAGAACCUCAGCACAGAGAGGAGCUUGUCAAGUGGACCAUGGAGGUGUGCUGUGAAUGUGACUGCGAUGAGUCUGUCUUCCCCCUGGCCGUCUCCCUGUUGGAUCGAUAUCUGUCAGUCACUCUAUCUAUGCCUAUCUCUCCAUCCUGUCUGGCUGCAGCUUGUAUCCUGGUGGCCUCCAAGCUCACAGAAAGUGACACAGUUAGUGCAGAUACCCUCUGUGCAGCAGCAGAGUAUGACUUCCUCUCCUCAAACCUUCGGGAAAUGGAGCGUGUUCUCCUGGCAACCCUGCGGUGGGAUGUGGCGGCAGUGACCCCUCAAGACUUUAUCCCGCACUUCCUUCGCACUCUCUGUGAACUGAAGGAUGGUGACACAAAUACAGGAGACUUUCUCUCAACACUGAGACGCCAUAGUGACACACUUGUUGCCAUGUGUGUGUGUGACUCUCGUUUUCUGGGAACACCUCCAUCUCUGGUUGCUGCAGCUGCUUUGAACUCUGCCCUUCGGGGUUUAAGGGCCAAGAGUGCAGGAGAACUGAGUGUCAUGACUUCCGCCCUGGCCACACUCUGUCAGACUGAUGUGGCUGUGCUGCAGUGCUGCACUGAUCUGAUUGAGGGAGCUCUCAGGGAGAGACUGAGAAAUGGAGCACAAGAAGAGAAAGAUGCUGAUGUUGAAGAUGAAAGAGCCAGCACCCCCACAGACCUAAGAGAAAUAGACUUUUAAAGCAGGGUUAAUUUAUGUGAUAUUUAUUGCGACUGCUUGUUUGCAGUCUCACUGUAAUUUAUCAGUAAAACUGAUUUCAACACAAUGUGACAUUUAUGUUUUGUCUUAUGUAACUUUUGAAGUGAUCUAAUUUAUAAUCAGUUUUAUUUAUAUG